GAAAUUAGGAGACUCGCCCGCCGAGUGGGUCCGAGGUCUGUUGCUGCGAGUGCCCGCACUUCGUGACUAAUGGGAAGCGGAAAGUUUAUUCCUCUCGUCUACAGCAGUUUGUUGUCGGUGGCGACUGUGCCCACCGGCGGGCUGGAGAGAAGAGGGAAGCAAGGAUAAUCGGUAGCUGAGCGUCAGAGAAGAAAAGAAAACGCGGAGGUUAAUUCUAGAAGGUUUCCUGUCCACCCUUGACCUAGGUGACUGUCCUGAAGACCUAUGGAACCUGCUACUUCCCUGCAUUCUUGCCUGCUAGCCUCCCUUCUCUUCUUCCUGGUCCUCAGCCUGUUUGUACUGGUCUCAGCCCAGUUUACUGUCAUGGGACCGGCUGAGCCCAUCCUGGCCAUGGUAGGAGAGAAUACCACACUGCACUGCCACCUGUCACCAGAGAGAAAUGCUGAGGACAUGGAGGUGCGGUGGUUUCGGUGGCGUUUCUUCCCUGCGGUGCUGGUGUACAGAGGCCGUCAAGAGAGAGCAGAGGAGCAGAUGGAGGCAUACCGAGGAAGAACCACCUUCGUGGGCGCAGACAUCAGCAAGGGAAGUGUGGCACUCGUGAUCCACAAUGUCACGGCCUAUGACAAUGGUGUCUACAGCUGCUACUUCCAGGAAGGCAGGUCCUAUGAUCAGGCCAUCGUGAGGCUCAUGGUGGCAAGCCUGGGCUCUGAGCCCCUCAUUAAAAUGAAGACCCUUGAGGAUGGGAGCAUCUUGCUGGAGUGCACAUCUGAAGGGUGGUACCCAGAGCCCCAAGCUGUGUGGAGAGACCCCUAUUAUGAAGUUGUGCCUGCCCUGGAGGAAGAGUAUACAGCUGACAGAGGAGGCCUCUUCACAAUCACCAUGACUGUGAUCAUCAGGGACUGGUCUGUGAGGAACAUGACCUGCUCUGUUAACAACACUCUGCUCAGCCAGGAGGUGGAGAGCGUGAUUUUCAUUCCAGAAUCCUUUGUGCCCAGCCUUCCUCUCUGGAUGGUGGCCAUGGCUGUCACUCUGCCUGUACUAACGCUGAUCCUCUUCACAUCUGGAAGUGUCUGCCUUGUCAAGAAACACCACAGGAAAAAAUCGAUUCUGUCAGCUGAAAAGGAAGUUGAAUACGAAGAAAAAGAAACUGCACGGCAACUUCAAGAAGAACUGCGAUGGAGAAGAACCCUCUUACAUGCCGCUGAUGUGGUUCUGGACCCAGAUACAGCUCACCCUGAGCUCUUCCUGUCAGAUGACCAGAGAAGCGUAAGACGAGGCGCUUCGAGGCAGAGCGUGCCUGACAACCCUGAGAGAUUUGACUGCCGGCCGUGUGUCCUGGGCCGGGAGAGCUUCUCCUCAGGGAAGCAUUACUGGGAGGUGGAGGUGGAAAACGUAAUGGUGUGGGCCAUUGGCGUUUGUCGAGACAGUGUUGAAAGGAAAGGGGAGGCCCUGUUGGUUCCUCAGAAUGGCUUCUGGACCCUGGAGAUGUUUGGAAGCCAGUAUAGAGCCCUGUCCUCCCCAGAGAAGAUCAUACCUCUGAAAGAGCGUCUUCACCGAGUAGCCAUCUUCCUGGACUGUGAAGCUGGAGAUGUUUCUUUCUACAACAUGAGAGACAGGUCACACAUCUACACAUGUCCCCCUGUGGCCUUUGCUGGGCCCCUGAGACCCUUCUUUAGGCUCGGUUCUGAUGACAGUCCCCUCUUCAUCUGCCCAGCAUUCACAGGGGCACAGGGAAUCACAAUACCUGAGGGUGGGCUGUUCCUAUAUAGGACAAGACCAGUUUCUCAGAGCUACAUAAAGAAGCCAUAGCUCUCACUACCUCUGCACAGCACCAUCUGGUGGAGAGCAGGCCCUGUGUCCUUCAGGUCACCUCAAGCAUCUUCCAGGUGUCUCCACACAUGCUUCAGGCUCAUGCUCCAGUUCACUCCUUCAGUAGUUCCUUUGCUUCUGUGGGCCUAGACCCAGUCUCACUGACCACUGCUAUCACACAGCUCCCUGCUGAGAAGAAAGUGUGGGAAGGGGAGA